GGAGUCUCUGAGGAAGGAGUAGAACCCCAAAGACCCAAAACGCCGCCACCAUGGUUCACUUCACAGAUGCCGAAGCAAAAGCCAUCAAGACCGUCUGGGGGAAAGUUAACGUCGACAUAGUCGGACCUCAGGCUCUGGCCAGGCUUCUGAUCGUUUACCCCUGGACUCAGCGCUACUUCGGCGCCUUUGGGAACCUCACCAAUGCCGCCGCCAUCCUCGGGAACGCCAAGGUGGCGCAUCACGGCAAAGUCGUGCUGGGCGCGCUGGACAAGGCGGUGCACGACCUGGAGCACAUCGUUGCGAACUACGCCAGCCUGAGCGAGCUGCACUCCACCAAACUGCAUGUGGACCCCGACAACUUCAGGGUGCUGGGCGACUGCAUCACCAUUGUCCUGGCCGCCCAGCUCGGCACCGGCUUCACCGUCGAGCUCAACGCCGCCUUCCAGAAGUUCCUGGACGUGGUCAUCGCCGCCCUGCGCAAGCAGUACCACUAGAGCCACAGACGAUACCGCGAGGGUCCAGACUCUCGCCGGAGCCGCACGACCGACUAACUUAAAUCCGCUGUCACUUUGACAGGAAAUAAUAACUUGUACUUCAUUUAAAAAAAAUAAAAAUAAACCGCAUUCUUCGAAAAACUU